AUGCUGACUUUUCCCACACAAAAAGUUCACGUCCUUUCACCCGCAGGAAAAUUCCCUGCCAAUGUCAUUCUCUAUAAUACAAAGGGCCAAUAUGCAUUAACGGGCAGCCAUGAUAGAUUUGUUCGUCUUUGGAACCCACAUACAGGAGGGUUAAUUCAAGAAUAUCGUGCACAUGGCUAUGAAGUAUUAGAUAUUACAGUUUCUUGUGAUAGUACAAAAUUUGCAAGUAGUGGAGGUGAUAAGCAAGUUUUUCUAUGGGAUGUUACAGCAGGACGAACAAUACAACGGUUUUCAGGGCAUUUUUCUCGAGUAAAUACGGUAUCUUUUAAUCUAGAAGCAACUGUUCUUGCAAGCGGAUCUUAUGAUUCUUCUGUUCGUUUAUGGGAUUGCAGAUCAUUGUCGCAUACACCUAUACAAGUACUUGAAGAUGGAAAAGAUAGCAUUUCGUCAGUAUUAAUUGCAAAUCAUGAAAUUAUUACAGGAUCAAUUGAUGGAAGAGUACGUACAUAUGAUCUAAGAAGAGGACAAUUGUAUACAGAUGUAAUAGGACAACCAGUAACUUCAGUUGAACAAUCAAAUGAUGCUAAUUGCUUGCUAAUUUCGACACUUGAUUCUACAAUUCGUCUUCUUGAUAAAUGCAAUGGUGGACUUUUGCAAACAUUUAAGGGACAUGUUAAUUCAGAAUACAGAGUAAAGUCAUGUUUUGGUCAAUCGGAUAAAGUUGUCAUUAGUGGAAGCGAAGAUGGCCGCAUUUGUGUAUGGGAUCUUUUAGAAGCAAAACUAAUUCAUCAAUUACGAUUUGCACCGGAAAAUUCGCAAAGAUCAUGUGUCAGCUGUGUUGCAUUUCAUCCCAAGAAAAAUCAAAUGCUUAGUUGUGGAGUAAAUGGAGAAAUUACUGUAUGGGGAGCGUCAUAA